AUGGCGGCUAAACCACCAAAGCCGCCAGGAAAUUUUCUAAAAAAUCCGCAAAAUAGUAAAUCUCUAAACAAUAAUAACAACAGCACUAACUGUGUUGAAACUAAUAACAACGGCGACAAUUCACCAUCAACCGUUUAUGACAAUACCACACAGUCUACGCCGCAAUCUCCAACCUCCAACUCCAACUCCGCCACCUCCACACCACACACCAAGAAAUCCGCGUGCAAUUGUACAAAUAUAACUAUAAUGCACUUGUUUCAUGAAAUGAAACAAGAAUUUCCCACCAUACCCGAUAACAUAGUGACCCAAUGUGUCAAUGAGAAUUGUCAUCAACGUGACGAGUGUAUACGAAUGUUGAGAAAUGAAUUGGAAUUGAAUCCAAUACCAGUUCAAGCAUAUCCUGCCAAAGUUUUACAUCCGCCAAAUACAAAUUCGCCCAUUGUGCAACAGAAGCCACCAUUGAAGCCACCUCUGAAACCUGUAAGACCUGCACCAACACAUCCAACGCUCAAUAAAAUCAACUCACCACAAUUGCAGAGAAAAAUUCCGCCGUCAUCGGUGAAUAACAACAACAAUUCUCCAGUUCGUCGUCAUCUACUCAAUAAACAACAGCAGCAGCAGAUAACCAUAUCUGGCGAAGAAAACGUUGCCUCUGUUGGUACGCCAGGUGGUGGUGCAUCUUCUGCGCCGUUGGAUGUUCUCUUACAAAAAAGAGAGCCAGAGUAUCAAACCUACAACAGCGAGAAGAAUGGUGGAUGUACUGAGAAUAAUCGGGCCAUUGGUAUUGGUGAGACACCAACACCACAGCCCAGAGCAAGACCCACAACGCUCAAUUUGAAUAAUCAACAACAACAGCAGCAACAACAAAGGCAACGUUUAAAUGUGCAAUUGCAAGAGCAUUUUCUGCAGCAGCGUCAUAAGCAACAGCAACAACAACCACAACCAGCAGCAGCACUAAAUAAUGCAACGACAACUAAACCGGUGCGUAAAGCACCACUUCCUCCCAUUGCCCCCAAACCCAGCACAUUGUCUGCGAGUACGACACCGCAGCAGCACCAUCAUGCCAAUCACAUCACUUCCCAUUCAAGUAAUCACCACCACAACAACAACGCCAACAACUCUGGCGAUUCUCUUUCCACUCACCCAACAACAGCUAGCAAUAGUCCCCUAUCGGAAUCAGAGAUUUCCGUUAAUGUGUCAAUAUCAACACCACCCUCUCCCACAUCAUCGACAACAUCUAAAACUCACCACCAUCAGCAGCAGAAUAGUCCACAAAACAAAUCGCCAAUACGCCAUCGUUCAGUCAUAACAUUACAACCCGAGCCACCGUAUACGCGUGAUUUUUUCCAACAGACAACCAACUUUGCCACAACACCCGGCGGUACUACAGCGCCCUUAACGCCAACCAGCUACACCUCAUCGUCGGUGGUUUCCUCGCCCACAAAUUCCGUGGGUACUUCCCAAAAAAGUUAUACCUCAGUCAACCUAACACUAAGGCCACCCACCACUGUCCUUAAUUCUGCCCUACAACCAUCGGCCAUUGAUAUAACCGCGGGACCCGGGUUUUCGGGGGCAAGUGGUGGUGGUAAACAUCUCUCGUAUUCGAGUACAUCGUAUGAUGCCCGUUUGGGUUAUCAGCAAAAUUUCCACAUAACCGUGACGGAUGAGGGAGGUGUGUUUAGUGCCAGUCGCAGACGUCCACAGCGUAUGGCGGGACAACAACAACAAGUAAAUAUUUGUGAAAAUCAAUAUGAUGGUAAUUCGGAUGGUGAUGAUAAUCGUGUAAAUUCUUUAUAUGCCGAACAGCAACAACAAAUCCAACAGCAGCAGCAAAAACAGUAUUUACAACAGCAACAGCAACAGCAACGGCGAAAUAAUCCAAAUAACAAUUUGAAAUCACCUCAGGGUAUUGGUAGCGGUGAAUUUGGCAAUAUGUGUUUGGCACCACAGCAAGCUGAAGAUGAAAUUGUUGCCGAGGUCCUGGAACGACAAAAGAAACGGCGUGACAAAUUGGCAGCGGCCUUGCGGGAAAAUAAGAAACGUUUGGGACAGGUGGAACAAGAAGUUAAUUUAAUAACAGGUACCAUACCAGAUGGUUUAGCGGAAAGACUGGAUACAGAAAUACAGAGAUUAAGGUCUGAAUGUCAAGCAAUGCUGAGGAGUAGUAAGUCGUGUUCUAUUUUCUCUCCUACCUCACCAGGUAAUCCAAUGGCUAAUCAAUAUCCACAGCAGCAGCAACAAACACCACAACCAUUCCCAAGACAAAGAAAUGACAGACCACCACCUCGACCGCCACCACCCCGUCAAACAAGUUUAGAUAUAAUACAACAUCAUUCAACAGCAACACCUACAUCACCGCACACACCUGCCUCUUUGCCAAAUUUCAAUGGCCACAACGCCACAAUGUCGUCUCCCCUACUGGGAACGGGCUAUACACAGCAUCAACAACAACAAUUCCAACAUUCGCACUCAUUAUCGCCUUCAAUCUAUUCGCAACAACAACAAUCGCCCCAAUCCUAUCAUCCACCAUCACCCAGCCAUCUCAAUGGCGUUGGCCUAAACGACGAUGUUCAUCAUUACUAUUCAGAUACGGAUAAUGGUGGUGACUACGAUGAUGAUGACGAUGACGACGAGGAGUUAAUCGAGCACUGGGAGUGCAAUAUGUGUACAUUCCGUAAUCAUCCGCAAUUGAAUAUGUGUGAAUGCUGUGACAAUGUCCGAAUUCUACCCGGUACGCUACAAAAUCUCUCACGAGCCAUAUCCACUAAUUCCGCUUGCUCAGAUGCCAGUUCGCUGGCUGUAACUAAUCGAUCGAUGACAAAUGUUAAUGCUUUGCGCAGUGCCAGUGGUAAUUCUUUGAAUUCGAACAUGGGUACAAAUACAGCAGCUACCACCAAUGCUGGUGCUGCCACUGUUGCUGCAUCCGCAUCAGCAACAAAUGGCAAUUUAGAGCAUGAUACUAAUUUGGCUCAACAACAAUUACAACAUUUUGCUUUGCAUACCUAA